CACUAACAGCGUUCAGAGGAGAAACAUUCACGUCACAUUCAACAUGUGGUUUUAACGCAUCAAUGUGACGUAGAUGUGUCAUAUGAAGCUCGUAUAGGUUUAUUGUAGCCGCAUUGAACAGGGCGCGAGAGGAGAGGGCGUCCGCCAGAUGCGCCGUUCCCGCGCCUUGGUCUCGCGCGCUGUCGCGGCUCGUGGUCGCGCGCGUCUCUGAACUUCUGUAACUCUGCGCGGAUCGCGCGCGCGCGCAGCCGUUGACUCAACUGGACGAUUUGGAAAGUGACGUUGCAGAGAAGGGCCCACUGCUCUGGUAUUCACAUGAUAAAGACUUCAGAAUACGGAGGAACGGGAACCAACGUAAGCGUCAAACGUCACGCUGCUCGUUCGGCUCACGCGCGCUGAACUCAAAGCUUUCUAGAGUAAAGGUGGAAGAAACACCGUAAGGUAGCAGUAUUAUCAGAUAUAAUAUAAUCUAAUUGGUUUCUGUCAAAGUUGUCGUAUCUCUUUAAUCUUCUCCCUUAUUCUUCCUCCAGUGUGACCCUCUAAAUUGUUCACAACUUAAAAGAAUUGACUUCAAUAAUGUCUGCUGUUGUGCCUAAAAAGCCACGCUUGUAAAUUUAACUCCGUCAUCUGCUCUGUUUGUCACCAUGACUCUACACAUAGACCACAGCACCAUGAAAGCUGUCAUAGAUUACACAUAUUUUUCAGACCUCAUCACCAAGCUACAAGGGCGGCGGACAGGAAGUAUAGAUAUAUUGAACAACUGCUGCAGAGUUUGAGUAAUGGGAAGGAAACACGUAAGCUGUUCUGAAGAAGAAGAAUAAUACUCGAAACUUCUCUUUUUUCACAAGCUAGAAGGCUUCCUGGUUAUAGUUGUUCAGUAGGUCGAGAUGAGGAUGGGACACGCUUGGCUUUACGUGCUAUUCUUGUUCAGUUCAGUCAUCAGAGGAUUCGCCCAAGUUUCCAAUCGAGCCAAUGUGACCCUGACGCCAAACUGGCCUCUGAUAUACAAAGGUGAGGGAGUUACUCUCCAGUGUCAGAUCCCAGGAGGAGAAGGAACAAAGUGGACGUAUGAAUGGAGAAGAACCAGGUUAAAUGAAACUCAAACAUCCCAGGACCGUAGGUUGACCAUAGGUUCAGCUAAUGAGUCUGAUAGUGGAGGAUACAGCUGCAGAGGAACAAGUGGAGAUGGCUCAACAGACUGGAGCGAUGUUGUUGUAUUAACUGUGUAUCAACUCUCUGUGUCUCCAUCAUGGCUGAGUCCUGGAGCCUCAGUGACUCUGAUCUGUGAGGUUGAACAUCCACCUGCAGGAAUCAGGUUCUUCUGGUAUAAAGCUGUUUAUGAUCCAUCAAGCAGAUCCUACAGCUAUGAGCUGCUGCCUGGCAGCUCUGAUGGGACUGAUGAGAAUUUCUACAUUGUUCAUGGACUCACUAACACAGCAGGUUAUGUGUGUGAAGCAGGAAAUGGAAAACCAAAAUACAGAGAUCCAAGUUUUGUCUGGUCAGCAGAUCCUCGUCCAGCAGCUUCUCUCUCAGUGAAUCCUGACAGAGUUCAACACUUCAUCUCUGACUUUGUGUCUCUGAGCUGUGAGGGAAACUCUGCUGACUGGAGAGUGAUGAGGUUUACAGAAAGAGGCCACCUGUCAGACUGCUCCAUCUGGGGGAAAAUGACUGGAUCUAUAUGUACCAUCAAGAUAUACUUUUCUGUUAGUGGAGUGUUCUGGUGUGAGUUUGGAUCAGGAGAGUUCAGCAAUGCAGUGAACAUCACUGUACAUGACAGUUUUUUUUUUAAUACAAUCCUGGUGAGCCCUGUUCAUCCGGUGACUGAGGGAGAUCCUGUUACUCUGAGCUGCAAACACAAAACACAACAAUUUCUCUCCAAAGUGUUUUUCUAUCACAAUGAUAAACUCCUCCAGAAUGACAGCAGAGAGGAGCUGAAGAUCUCUGCAGUGUCAAAGUCAGAUGAAGGUUUCUACAAAUGUCAACAUUCAGGAAAAGAGUCACCAAGGAGCUGGAUGUCUGUUAGAGCAACUGUAUCCAGUCCUGUCAUGUUGAUCGUUGGACCAGUUGUUGGAAUCGUUCUCAUUAUUCUCAUUAUUCUCAUUAUUCUCCUGAUCUUGUUGUGGCGCUGCAGACGGUCCAAAGGUUUAUGGUGUAUCAGAUCGAAGCAGUCAGAGGGCAGAGGUCAAACCUCACACACCGACCAUGGAGUCAACAACACUGGCGGUCAUGAGAACAGCUCUCCUCCUCAUGAUAACACCAACCUCUACGCGCCAGUCAAGUCCUCUGAAACGACAGGAAAUGCUGCAGAUGAAGCCAGAGAUGUCACGUACUCUCACAUUGAACUGAAAGACAUUGACAGGACGAGAAGGCCUCGUGAAGCAGAGGAGAGCACCGUUUACUCUGAAGUGAAGUUGCAGGAGUAGGAUGAGAAUAAACCGAAAGACCAGAGGAGUCCUGCAGCAGCAGAGUCAGUAGUUUAUUCAGAAAUCAGCUCAGGAUAACAACACUGCCACGUAAGAUGCAUGAUGUGACGGCUCUUCUAAAAGUUAUUAUGAGUUAAAACUCAUCACAUCCUUCAAAAUCCCACUUUUUCCACAUGUUAAUGUGGAAAUUUUAUGAAAUAGCUUUCAUAAAAGCUAUUUUAUGAAAUUAUUGUAAGAGCUGAAAUGCAUUUUCUUAAAUUCUUUGAUUUUGAUUAACAUUUGCUGGUGUAAAAUUUGAAGCUGAUAGUUUUUCUUUAAUGAUUUGAAGGUUUGGAUGUAAAUGCAUCCUGUUGCAAAAUGCAGCAAAGAAAGAAAAUGUGAAACGUACAUUUUUUGUAGAGUUUUUGUUUUACAAUGUUUUUAAAUGUAUUAGUUGUUACUAUAAGCUCCCUGUUUCUUUUUCAAAUUUUGAUAGAAUUGGUGUUUUCACAUUGUCAUAGUUUGUCUUUUUAUGCUGCCGUGGUCUGAGCCGGGUUUUCAUUUGCUACCUCAUCACAUUGGUAGCGUAGCAGUUUAUAUACAAACAUACAACAGUUAUCCAACUGCAUAGUCAGCUUUGCGUUUAAAAUGUGGUUUUAAAAUGUGAACUUUAUAGUUUUUCUGAGCCAUGUGUCUUAAAUCAAACGUGUCGUGAAGUAAGAUCUGUCAAAAUCCGUAUAAUUAAGUUUGAACACCUGAAGUGAUAUAGUUGGAUUUUUCUGAAUGGUUUUAUGUUGUCAGUCAUCUGAUUGUGGGUUUAAUCUCACCAGACUUUAUUUAUAACUUUAUUUUAUAAUAAAGUGCAAUAGAUUUUAUUUAAUAACACUUCACAGCUGUUUUACUUCUAGGAAACCAACUAAUUUAAAUUAGUUCCUCCCAAUCUGCAAAAACAAAACAAGAAAAAAAGAGCAGCCAGUAGUUCAUUAUCGACUGCUAAAUGCAUGUGAUUGGUUGCUAAAAUACAUACAUUAAAUAUUUGUUUGGCAUGUAUUUGACACAAAAAACAAUCUACAAAAAUAAACAUUUUUUUCAAGAAUGGUCAAUUUAAUUUUGUGUCAUUAUUCCAGAAUCAAGUCAACUUCUGGAAAUAAUUCAAAUACUGAAACACUGAGCAGAGGCAAUGAGUAAAAUCAUGAGCGAUCAUCAGGCAGUACAUUCAGAUAGGAAGUUAAAGUACUUAAGUCAAUCAAAUGGUCUAAUACUUAACUGAUUUUUUAUGAAACUACACAACACUGAAUCAGUUCAAUUAACUUUAUUUAGACAGUGCUUAUUCACAACAAAAGUCAUCUCAGGGCACUGUACAAAAAAACAAAGCAAACAAGUGCAAUUCAAAUCCUGCUGGAUCUGUUGGUCAUUUUCACUCUAACACAGUGAUGUGAUAACCUAUUACGUUUGAACAUUGAAGUAAGCAAGAUGUGAAUGACGUUUAUAAAACGUUGAACACCAAAAGUUAAUAAAUAAAACUGUAUGAUGAAGGUAAAAUUGUCAAUAAUCUGAAUGAAAAACUCGAUGGUUUUGGUUGUUAAAUGAAGUUAUUUACCUUUUUCUUCAAAUAAAAAAAUUGGUCAGGUUGUAGAUUUUAAAGCUUGACUGAGAUGAGUGGUAAUUUGUUGUGAAACAAAACAAAAGAAAAAAAA